UUCCCCAACACAUUCUCUCCCAUUUUUUUGUGCUUUUUUUCAUAUCCUACAGCUCUCCUUCUCUCUCUUCCAAUUUUAGCAGAGAUUUAUGAUGGGGAGGUACACGGAGUUGUUGGAUGCAGGGGUGAGAAUAGCAGCGAGAUUUCACUCUCACUGCCCGCACACGGCGCGCCUAUACUACCAUCCUCCAGCAAACCCAGAUGGCAGCGGCCACCACCACCACCAUGAAGGCAGCGAUGCUCAGCCACCACCACCACCACCACCAUAUCGAGGGCAAACCCAGAUGGCGGUAACCUGUGGAGGUGGUGCCAUGGCGGCUAAGGGAAUUGCUGAGAUUACUGACUUCAGUUUUUAUUCUAUGGUGUGAAAAGCAAGCAAGGCACCAUUUUGAGCACGUCUAGAUUUGUCAUACUGCCCUUAUUUUCUCGCAUCAUUCUUUUAGUUUAUACAACGACAAAGGAUUUAUGUUUUUUUUUUUGGGGUACAUUUAAGAUUUAGUUAUUUAUGAUUUUAUUAUCAUAAGAAUAUGAAACCUUGAUCUUAAUAUUAAAUUAAAGUUUUUAAU